AUGCGACGUAAGAGGAAGGCCAAGGCUGCGAGCCACGGGCCUGCCGACAACGCGUCGAAUAACGGCGAGAAAAAACCAGAGUCGGGUUCCCAAAACGCCAAUUCAUCGUCAUCUUCGACUUCAAAACCUAGCGCAAAUAAUCCCAAUGCACCUUCAAAGGACCUCGCCUCUCAGAUGAGAAAGAUGGUAAUUGAGGCUGCUGAUCCCCCGCCAAACCCCAUUCCAAACGGCAAGCUUCGACGUCGGCUUAAAGUGCAUUGGCCAUGUUUGGUAGAGAAAGGCGACCCAGAAGGCUGGACGCGAGAACAUAACCUGUGGUACAUACAAGAAGAGAUGAAGCGCGAGGAACAGGUAACCGCAGCAUUUACCUCACUCAAAGAGAAGCUUGAACAAGGCAAGAAAGCCUACACAAAGUACUUCUUGCCCAAGAUCGAUAACAUGGACUUUGCAGAAUGGGACGAACCCACAGACCCAGCUCACAAGAUGAAUUUCUACGACCCGAGUUGUCGGACCGCUGAUAAUCCUCUCUAUAAAAUGCGCGACAUGCAGCCUAGCUUUGGCGACAUCGAUAUAGAUUGUGGUGGGGCGGAACUGAGGGGAUCCCUGAAGAAAUUUACCUGGCCCGAGUACGCAUCACUCGACCCCAUCAUUGUCAAAACGACAGGCAGGUCCAGGAGGUUGAAGAUGUGGUUCACAGGCGAUGGAUUCAUGCGCAUGGAACUCCUCAUGGGCUCUAAAGAUGAUUUUAGAAACGAAUGCGGGGUACCGGUAAUAUGGUCCGGCAUAGAGAUGACUGAAUUUCGCAGUCAGGAGGAGGCGAAGGAGUGGAGGGCAGAGAGAAAGGCUAUGGAAGAGGAAGAAGAAAAAGAACGAAAAGCGGCACUUGUGGCCGCAGAAAAAAAGAAACAAGAAGAAAGGGCUAAAGACGAGGCAGCCAGACUCGCCAGAGAAAAAGAGAGGAAGAAGAUAUUGGCCAGGUUGCGGGAAAUGCGCGAUGCUGGCGAGAUUACCAAGACGGAAGAGCGGCAGAUGUAUCUCGAGGAAAUGGAAGAAUACGAUUACAAACAGCUCACUGACGUCGAUACGGAUGACGACGAUGAUGACGAAGACGACGACGAUGAUGAAGACGACGAUGAAGACGAUGAAGACGAUGAAGACGAUGAGUCACCCGAGCCACCACAAUCUCCCUUGUCCUCGUCGGGACAGGAAGAUUGGUCGAGUUCGGAGGAAUCAGAUGGAGAAUAA